AAACCCAAUAAUUUGAUCGAUUUUUUUACAGAACCACACACAAUAGUAUCAAGCGACUCAUGUCUCAUUGUUUUGUGUUUUAGUUUCAAAGCACCCAUUAGCCGAGCAAAAAUCAUUAAUUAACCGAUUGUUUUUCUCCUUUUUGUUUUCGUUUUCUCGUCUGGACGUGCAGAAAGCUUCGUGGACAGAGUGUUGACCAUAGCAGCACAGCAGACCACAAGGACUUCCACACCAAGAGCGUGGAGAACGACACACCCUUCUUGUACUGCUUACUGAGCCAGCCGGAUGGAAAGCCUCUUUCAUGUCCUCCGGCCAUGAGGCUGGUGACGACCUACCGCAACGGGCAGGCCAAGCGCUACUUGCUCAGGGGCGACUCAGAAGGAUCGGUGCUGCUGUGGGCCAUCCCGGAUAUUUCCACCGCUCAACUCGAGGCCAUCAGGGCUCAGGCGCCUUCGCAGCCAGUUACUGCAGCCGCCACCCUUACGACCAGCCUGACGAAGGCGUGGAGUUCGGUGCGCCCAGAUCCAGUGGGCGCUCUGGACCAGGUGGAGCGUCAAGAGCGCCAAUCCAUCAAGCUGACCGCCAGCAUUUACCUGCCGCUGCAGAGCCGCCUGGUGGUGGGCCGGGAGGACGGCACCAUUGUUAUCGUGCCGGCCACGCAGACUGUCAUGCUGCAGCUGCUGCAUGGGAACCAUCAGCAGUACCACAGAAUUGCUGCUGAGGAGGUGCUGUACGCCUGCGAGGAGAAUGAGGAGACGAACACGUCGUCGGAAAUGGGGCUGGCCAAUCCGGCCGUGCAUUUCUUCCGCGGCCUGCGGCAUCGCAACCUCUCGGCCAUCCGGCACGCCACCCAAAGAGGCCUGCACCAGCUGCAGCAGCUGAACGCGCACACUGAAGCGGGCGAUCCGCAUGCCAGACGCGUCCAUGGACAGACGUCGCUCGGCGUCCAGGGAUUCCGCACAAAUCCCAAAGACCCUGAGAGCCACAUUUUGUUCUUCGACAUCGAGGCGCUCAUCAUCGAGCUGUUGAGCGAAGAGUACGCGAUGAUGUCGCCCGGCAGUUUGGAGGCGGCCGGUCUGAUCUCGCAGGCGGAAUACCUGAAGGUGGCCGCUCUGACUCAGAGCGCCAGCCCGGAUGCCCACAAGAAAAUUGCUGACUUUUUCGGGAAGGUGAAGGAUAAGGCGGAGAACAUGGAGCGAAUAAUUAAAGAAAAGGACAAACACGGUAUUCUGGCGAAAAUGAAAGAAGGCGCCGAGAGCGUGCAAACCAAAAUUCAAGCAAAAGCCGAACUGGUGCUGAAAGGAACGGAUAUCAACAGAGAUGGCGCCGAUUCAAGCAAGGAGAAAAGCAGGCCGGGAAUUCUGGCCCUGGACACUUCAUACGGCAUGGAAAUCGCCCAACUGCUGCUGUCCCUGCUGCACUCCUGGGGUCUGGACGACGACCUGGACAGGGUGUGCCAAGUGAAGCUGGGCCUGCUCAGACCGAUGGUGCCGCUGUCCUUCGGUGUUCUGUCCAAGGCCAAUCACAUGUCGCUGUUUCUGCCCACGUGGCACAACACCAUUCCGCUGGAUGAGGACCCCAGCGCCGACCACCAGGACCUGGAGAUCAGCUUACCUCCGGAAUUGGUCAGACGGGAGAAGCUCACCAGGAUUUUCACCAGCCGGACGCACUGGGAGCUGAGCACCACGCUGACCAGCAAUCAUCUGUUGGCUGUGAUCGCCCUCAGUCACACCCUGAUGAGCAUGAGCAGCGCCACGUUUGUGCCCGAACAGGAGAGGAACAGGAAAUUGCACAGGCAGUCGCGGGUGAGUUGGAGCAAAACGGACGAGGAACAGGAGGAGAUGUACACGCAACAGCAGGCGCAAAUCAAGCAGGGCUGGUCGCUGUUGGCCACCUUGCACUGCGUUCUCCUGCCCGAUAAGGUCAUUGAACAUGGCGCGAAGCACUUCAAGCGUCCGCAGGUCGAGAUGAUGGCCAAGCGGUGGCAGCAUCACUGCGUGGAAGUUCGGGAAGCCGCCCAGACUCUUCUGCUAGCCGAAUUGUCCCGAAUGGGUCCUAAAGGACGCAAGCAACUGGUGGACGCCUGGGCCCAAUACCUGCCUUUGUACACGCAAACCGAAACGAUCAAUCAGCAGGCAAUGUCGUCGCCCAACGUGCAAAAUCACGUGAAUUCCCACAGCAAUGUGCCGAGCACGCCGGAUCCCGGGGACGAGGAGUUCGAGGAGGAGGAGGAGGAGCAGGUGCGCAAACCGUCCAGCCUCACUGAACUGAAGCGCAAACAGUCGACGGCUGUUAUACUGUUGGGCGUGAUUGGGGCCGAGUUCGGCCAGGACAUUAUCCAUACCGAUAAUGCCAAGAAGAGGACGAGCGACGAUCGCAGGAAGAGCUCGGUGGUCGAAGGUUUCGGUUCAGGCAACAAUAAUUUGGCGCGUUUGACCGCGAUGGCUCUUUCGCAUCUGCUGCUGGCGCCGCCUUCGCCUCGAAUACCCGCCCACAUACCAUUGCGAAGGGCGGCCAUCGAUCUCAUCGGACGCGGCUUCACCGUGUGGGAACCUUUCCUGGACACCAGCAAGGUUCUACUUGGCCUGUUGGAGUUGUGCUCAGAAGCGGACAAACUGGUGCCCAGCAUGACCUACGGGCUGCCGCUGACGCCUCAGGCGGACUCCUGCCGCACCGCCCGGCAUGCGCUAACGCUCAUUGCGACUGCCCGGCCCAAGGCCUUCAUCACCACGAUGGCCAAAGAGGUGGCGCGCUACAACGCCAUGCAGCAGAACGCGCAAACGCUCAACAUCAACAUGAGCAACAAUGUGCUGCACAAGGCCAAGCCCGAAAUCCUGCGAGGCGUCGAGCUGCUGAUCGAGAAGAUGCAAACGGAAAUGAGCGACCAUCUGGUUCAGCUGAUGGACAUCAUCCUGCACUGUUUGGAUCCGAGCCAGUUGAAGAACAAGGGGCUGCAGGACGUAUUUCCGGCGGUAUGCAAGUUCAACCAGGUGUCGCAUUGUCCGGCUACCAGGCGGAUCGCAGUUGGUUCGCACACGGGGUCGCUCACCAUCUACGAGCUGCGCCAGGGGAAGAACACGACCAUUGCAGCGCAUUCUGAGGCAGUGACGGCUUGCGCUUUCAGUCCAGACGGAAAAUUCCUAGUCAGCUACGCCUGCUCAGAAAACCGGCUCAGCUUCUGGCAAACCAGCACUGGCAUGUUCGGACUGGGCCAAUCACAAACGAAGAACGUCAAGUCGUACAGUACCGCCCCCAUUGCCGACGUGGCCCGACUGAACCCGAUGCGACUCGCUCGGCUCAUUUGGAUCAACAAUCGUACCGUCACUCUGAUGCUGGCCGACGGCUCCGAAACGCGAUUCAACGUCUAAAUGGUGAGUCGCCCGUUCCGUUCAGUUUCCUCGAAUGCAACCUCGUGUGGUUUUUCAGUUCGAAUCAAUCGCGCAUCGCUUACAAGUGCGACAAUAAUUUUGCAAAUGACCGAUCGAAUUUCUGCAAAGACAUUGUUGAGUAGGUUUCGGUUGGAGCCCAUCUGUCGGACACAGGGUGGGAGAAAGUGUUUGUUUGGGGCACUUAAGUUCAUGCUUUUGAUACGUUCCCACCCUGUACGAGAUAAGGAAAUGAUCAGUAUUAGAAAGAGUCCACUCUUAACACCCUAAGCAAGCGAAACUCAUUGAACAAAUGCCGAUGAGCUGAUUUUUUGCAUUGACUAGACAAAGCCGUGCCUCAGGAAUUUAACAAACCCAUACCCAAACCAGGCCUUCAGCGUGACUUGCAAUCAAAACGCGACUAUUUUUGUGCAAAAGAGGCAUUUGCCCGAUUAAACCACUGUAUGUAUCCACGUUGAUGCUCCCAAACUUAUAUAACAGCCUUAUGUAUAUAUACUCAAAGCCCAUAACAAAGCUAUAUUAGAGGCUUUUACAUGGCCAACCUUAGAGCCUUUGCUUACUUCAAAUUGUUAUUAAUAAAUGUAGUUGAGGUUCCAAAUCGAUUAAGCCGGUUGCGUGCGUGUGCGUUGGUGUGGGGAACUGAAGACUUGCGGCCAGAUUCACACAAGUACAAAGAAUCUGGCGGCAAACCUCCACAAGGCCUCAAUUGGCCGAUCUUCUGGUGAUGUUGUUAUUAUUUUUAUACCGGACUGUGUUUCCUGUUAAGCCAAAGUAUUGUUUAUGAUUGUGUCAGAGAACAGGGGGGCCACGUGUUCUAGCUAAACACCCUGUGCAUGAAGCUUCUGCCGAAAGCACAUUUACAGGGUGUUGCAAAAGAUUCGAUUUGGGCUUAGUGGCGGCCCCCCCUUGUCCACCAAGUAAGAUAACGUGCAUUUUCUGGCUCUUUUGAGCCGCCUAGUUAAUCGUCGGUGUAUAUAGUCGUUAUAUAUUAUUUAUUUCUGUUGUAGAUGUCUAAUUAUUAGUAAUUUGUCCCUGCCCCACACAAUUGGAUGUGCGUUUAGUGCGUUUUCGGGUUUUGAUGUUCGUGACUCUUGUUCUCCAUAUUUCCACUUCUCAAUGUCACACAACUAAGUUCCCUAUUGCGCCUUUAGAUAAAUAAAUAAAUUGAUAAAUAACUUAUUGGCAGCACUGUUCCAUUGUUCGGGCCGACUAGCCGAUAGUCUGCAGGGAUAAUGGAUUUUGCACCAAUGCUACCCAUAAUUAAUCGAAACACAAAGUGUCUAACAAAGGUCCAUUUAAGAGCGAUUAUUAUUGUUUGUAAAUAAUAAAGACAUUUUAUCGAUACGCAGAGGGCCCAGUUUCAGUCUGUCACACCAUUUCAGCUGUUGUAUUAGAACUAUAUAUCUGUGUUAUGUAUAUAAUGUUACGAUGACCUAUCUAUAUACAAAGUUUGGCAAUAUGUAUAUGUGUCGAGUCUAGUUAAAAAUAUUACAAAUUUAUGGCAAACAAA